AGAAGAGUGCUGCUCCCUGUCACAAGUGCGCAAAUGCGCAUCCAGCAGCGGAGCGGACCUCCGGUGCAAAGCGACGAGACGAACUCCUGCAGACCCGGAACCGACACGUCGGGGCGGAAGAGAAACCAGCGCGCGAGAGGGGAGACAGAAACGAGGGGGGAGGUCGUCAGCGACACGGCAGCAACCAUGGUGGGCGAACACCGCAAUGGGAACCUGCUGGUCCAGCUGGGCCCGAGGCUGCAGGCGUACCCAGAGGAGCUGAUCCGUCAGCGCCGCAACCACGACGGACAGACGGAGUACCUGAUUCGCUGGUGCCUGGUCACCAUCGACGACGGCUCCGGGGGUGGAGCCUGCGAGGCGGGCGGUGCGUGCGGCGGUAGCUCCGGUGGCUCCGGCGGUGGCUCCGGGUCGGACGGGUCCGGCGGCUCCACGUCAGGAGAGAGCAAACCGGAGAACAUCCUGAUGUGGAUGUCCACGGAGGACGUGUACGCCAACUGCCCCGGCCUGCUGGGGAAGAGGAAGUCGGACCCGCAGCAGCAGGAGGCGCAGCGUGGCGAUGCCUCCGACGGUGGCGCCGAGUUCCCCGCCGAUGUCACCUUCGAUGAGGUGGAGCUGUCAGACAUGAAGCAGGACGUGAAGAACCUGGUGUGUCGAGCCAGGAAGCAGAUGGCCAAGAAGAGCGACUUCUCCAUCAGCAUCACGCACACCAUCCACGUGCUGAGCGCCUAUGCCGCCAUCGGCUCGCUGGUCGGCGUCUUCAAGGAGACCGGAGCCCUCAACCUGCUGAUGGAGCUGCUCUGCAACAAGGAGACGCAGACGCGACGCAGUGCCGGAAAGAUGCUGCGAGCGCUCGCCUCACACGACGCAGGAAGUCGGGCGUACGUCCUCUUGUCCCUCAGUCAGCAGGACGGCAUUGAGCAGCACAUGGACUUUGAUAACCGCUACACUCUUCUGGAGCUGUUUGCAGAGACCACGUCCUCAGAGGAGCACGGCAUCUCCUUUGAAGGGAUCCACCUUCCUCAGAUUCCUGGGAAGCUUCUGUUCUCUCUGGUGAAGCGUUACCUGUGCGUGACGUCACUGAUGGACAAGCUCAACACGGCAGGGGGGGCGGAGUCAAACUCUGACAGACAGGACGGCAGCCCCUCCCCCGCCGCCUCCACCUCCUCCUCCAGCACCGCCCACCAGACGGAUCACCUCCGCGUUCAGCGAGAGUUCGACUUCACUGUGGCGAUGGCCAACCUCAUCUCAGAGCUGGUCCGCGUGAUGGGCUGGGACCGGAACCGCCAGUCCUCCGACGGCUCCGCCCACGGCCCGGGAGGAGGCGGGGCCUGUAGGGAGGAGCCUGGGGAGGAGGUGUCCCGCCCCGUCCUCAGGUCCAUCUUCCAGCCUCGUUUCUGCACCUCCCCCGUUGUCCUCACCGCCACCUCCACCGUAGCCGCUCCUGUAGCCGCCGCCGCCGCCUCCGCUGCCUCGCCACCCAAGAAGAAGACGGGAAACGGAUACAAAACUCGCUCCGACUUCGCCAGCCGCUCAGCCUACGUGGAGUACGUCCAGGACAACCUGAAGAGUGGCAUGAUGGUCCGCAUGCUGGAGGACUACGAGGAGGUCAGCGUCGGAGAUGAAGGAGAGUUUCGCUACAGCAACGACGGCUCGCCACCGGUUCAGGUGUACUGGAACUCCCUGUCCAGGACCUACUGGGUCCACUGGCACAUGGUGGAGAUCCUGGGGAGCGGCAGCAGCAGUCAGGCUGAGAAGGAGACGCAGGAGAAGGCGUCGACCCUGACGGAGACUCUCAAACUCACGGCGGUGAGUCAGACGUUCUUCUCCAAGCCCCCCGGUGGUCUCUACUCUCUGCCCUACCUGUCAGAGGGUCUGCACCUGGAGACGCCGGCUCUGAGUCGGGCUGAGUGGUGGGAGAUCCUCUUCUUCAUCAAGAAGCUGGAGCUCAAACAGCAGCAGGAGGUCAACGGUGUCCUACUGCAGAGCCUCAAUGACCAGGAGGCGGAGCUUGACGAUUCGUCCCUGAUUGGUCUGUCUGUCCCCGGAGACGUGGCUAAGAAGCUGCUUCACUACCUGAAGCAGAAGCUGCCGUCAUCGUGUCUGAGCGACCUGCUGUGUUCUCACACCUUCUCCAAACACUACCUGAGGAGAGGAGGAGGAAGUCUGGAGGACGAAGAGCUGCUGG